AUGUUUUUCCGCAAAAUGUUCAUCGCAGGCAUCAUCCUCGCAAGCUGUCUCGGAGUUCUUGCUUCGCCUGUGGAUAUAGCCAAAUACUCUCUGCGGUCGGGACCCUCGACAACUCCACUAGUUACCCCUACGUCUGAUGUCAGUGGACUUGAACGACGUGUCGAUGAGCUUGAGUCUAUAUCUGUUAGUUUCGUCAUUAUACCAAAAUCGGACGCAUGGUUUGCCAAAUUGUCCUCGCCACAGACUUCUCAGGAAGCACUCUACGUACUUAUCCUCAAAGGCCGUGUUUCCUUUAUAAAGGAAGGGGACAAAGUUUUCUACAAAAGCCUUCCGCGUGCCGCUAUCCAUCAAAUAACCAACUCGGGUAUUAAGUUGCAUAUUAUGAUUCCUGAAAAUCCGGGAGAAAUUGCAGAUAUACUGGAGAGAGUGACCCGAGGGGCCGAUGGUUGCACCUGGCUCAUCAAAGCGGUGGAUUUCCUAACGCAGGUAGCACAAACAAAGGGAUCGGAAGUAGGCUUAUCGGAGGCGGAGGCGGAGAAUGCUAUAAAUUUAAUUAUGUCCAAAGAGAGGAUGUUAGGAAUAUCUUCGAAUUGUAGUAGGAAUUAG